GAGCCAGAAAAUAAGAUAUUUUUUCCUAAAAUCCCUAAAGACAAAAGUAUCGAUCUUAUCAAAGUCCAUGGAGAGAUCCGAACCUUCUUCUCGUAUGAUCGCUUUUCUCAACGCCUCGAUGGAGAGAUCCGAAUCUUCUUCUCGGGUUUCUGCUCCGUACACGGGGAAGAGGACUUUGUACGGUGAUAAGUAUGUCGACGUUAUGAAGUCGCACUAUGAUUACUACAAAAGCAGGAUAAGGAUCGGUGUUGAAGGGUACAGUACUUCCCUUAAACCUAUUGAUCUCUACCGGGCUUUGGAGAGUCUUUUCAAGACAUGUGGAGAAGUCCACAACAUCCAGAUUCGCAGAGAUCCAGUGACAAAUGCACUCCAGAGGUCGUGCAUUGUUAUCCUUCGUGGAGAAGGCGCAGGAGACAAAGCCUUGCAACUCAAUGGAAGUGACAUUGGAGGAAGUAAGAUUGUCGUUACGAGUUUGCCUCCAGAACUCAGUGAACUCAGCACUGGGUUGAGUACUGAUGUACUCGCUGCUAGGAGCGUGGCACAUAAUCGAAGAAAGCGUAGCGAAGGCAUAUCCGUUACUGGAUAUGACACUUCACUUACUAAAGAUGAUUUGAAGAAUGCUUUGACUAACCAUUUCUCCACAUGUGGCGAGAUUACCGACGUUUUCGUUCUCAACAGCCGUGCCCUGGUCUACUUCUACGGACUAGGCUCCAACAACCGAGCGGUUCAGCUGUCUGGAACCGACCUAGGAGGCUCCACACUGGUGGUCAAAGCCUUGCCCUAUCCAAAACCCAAAGGUAGUGCCUGGACCCGUUUGCGUUACCGUUUCAGGUCAGCCACUCUCUCAACGAUCACUGGGUGGGCACAUCAGAUGUGAGAGGAAUUCUGGUUUAGUAUUUUAUUUUAUGAAUUUCGGCUUGUUUGCUUGUUCUGUUUAGUACCCCAAAAAAAACUUAUAUUUCGGAUGUGUUUGAUUACUACAAAAAAAAACUUAUAUUUCGGAUGUUUGAUUACUACAAAAAAACUUAUAUUUCGGAUAUGUUUAAUUACUUCUCUUUAG